UUCAAUAUUCAAUUCCUUUUAAACUCUUUUUUUAUCAAACUUGAACAAAUUUCCUAAUUUUUCAGCAUCUAUAUGGCACAAGCACAACCCCGCAACCGUAGCAGAAGAUGUUGUUGCUGCCUGUUCAGCUUAAUUUGGAAGCUCCUCGUAGCAAUAGUUUUCAUCGUUGCUCUUAUAUUCCUUGUUUUGUUCCUUAUCAUCCAACCACGAUCCUUCAAAUUCAGUGUCAAAGAAGCCAAACUCACCCAAUUCAACUACACCACCAACACCAACACCCUCCACUACAACCUCGUACUCAACUUCACGGCACAUAACCCAAACAAAAAACUCAACAUCUACUACGAUGCAAUUGAAGGACAUGUAUCCUACAAAAGAACCAGGUUUGCAUCAACGGACGUAAUAACGUGGUUAAAUUCUUUCCGUCAAUACACGAGAAGCUCGAGCCCUAUGAGUGGUGUUUAUUCUGGGCAACGUGUGAUGGCUUUUGACCAUGAUCAGGUUUCUGAUUUUCAACGUGAUAAGAACGAUGGAGUUUUUCAUUUUGAUGUGAAAUUAUACUUUACGAUGAGGUUUAGGCUUGGGAAUUUUAUUUUUCCAGAUAUUAAGGGCAACAUUAAAUGUGGGAUUGAUGUUCCUUUUGCUUCUAAUGGGACUAAGCUCAUGAAUUCAUUUGAACCCACCACAUGUGAAGUUAAUUUUUAAAUCACCUAUUUGGAUGAAUUUUUGUGUUUGUGUUUUUUUUUUUCUUUUUGGUUAUAUUUUGGAUUCAUGAAAACAUUUUCAUAGAUUGUGUAAUUUUUUACCCAUGUAGAUACGAAUUUAACCAUGUAGAUGCAGAUAUAAUUCUGGAUUAUAUACGUAUUUCAACUGAAUGAUAAAUUUAAUUUUGGAUAUUAUAGGUAGUUGAAUGAUAAAUUCAACGGAGUUUAUUUUUUAAACAAUUAUGUGAUGGAUGUGAUGGAUGAACUCGGUCUCUAAUGUUUUUAUUUACAGAAAUUUAAAUAUGAAGGUGGAACUUUCAAUUAUUAAUUUAUUUUUUUUUACAAAAACAAACUUUAUUUGCUUUCAUUAAUCAAAUAUAAAGUGAUACAAGGAGGAAUCUCAUCAAACAUAUAAUAUCGAGUCCAAGAAUUGGCCGCCUUGACUAAGGUAUGGGCAACCAUAUUUAUUUGAUGUUUUAUAAACUUAACAUCGGCAUUACAUUUAAACCAACCAAUAGGAGGCAGGCUCCAAUUAACCAACUCCAUGUUAUCACCUUGUGUUUCCCUUAGAUUUUGGGCUAAAAACCAAUCUUGCCACUCAUGGAAGGUUAGCUAACCAAGCUUAGAUGCAUCUUCUGUUAGAACAAGAUUUGGUUCUGCUAUAUAUCUCUGAGUUUUGAUGAUACAAUGAGUAUGUUUGUAUGAACAAUUUUGGUACUCUAAUGUCUGUUGCUUUGAGCUUUUAACAAACAAGUUCUGAAUCUGAUGAAAGGUGUGGCCAACACAUAAGAAGAUACCAAGUUCCGCUUCUGCACUACACAAGUUCUGAUGAACAGUAGCAAACCACUUUAGAAGACUCUGAAGUUGUGACUCUUAUAUGAAGUCUGAAGAAACCAAUCUAAAGACCAAGUGCUUAAGACUCUGAAGACACUGAUCUGAAGACUCUGAAGACUUGAAGCUCUGAAGAUUUAUGUUUCUAAAGACAAAGGGUACUGAAGACCAAGUGCUGAAGACUCAGAAGACUUAAAGUUCUGAAGACCCAAGGAUUAUUUUCUUUCUUCCAACUCAUGCGGUCAGCCUCUGAAGAUCAAGAAGAAUAUAAGAUAACGAUAUGUAGUACAUAGUGCGUGGCUCAAAAUGAAUGUUUAGCUCCACUGCCAUGAAAAGGACGGACGCGUUGUACGAUCUUGUCCCCCACUACGUUCAAGCCGCCAAACUUCUAGAGUUUCUAGAUUUGCCCUCUAACGGGUAUAUUAUUAUAUUGUCUAUAUAAAGACUUGAAGACUCAAAGAGG